CCCCAACAAUGCGUCGCCCAUUGCCCUCCUGUCGUGUUUUGUUUUCAGGCUGGGGCCAUCUCGGUCCACCAUCAAAUCCCAAUUCGGUCAAUGCCCCCCCGCAUUCCUCACCUGCAUCCCAUCCAAUACUCUACAACAUCGCAUGUUUCCCCAGCCGCUUCCUCCUCAGAUGCCUCGCCCAUCGCAUGGCGAGACAUCGGCAGCAUGGCCCGGAAUGGGAAAACCGGACCUAGGGAUACCCCAUUCUCGCUUUGGAAGCUUCCCCCCCCAAAUUCCGACUUCCCUCCGCAAGAUUGAUCGGAUCAUCAUUCCUUUUCCUCCUUCGCUCAUGGGAAUCCUCACCUCAAAUCUUCGGGGUUCUCCUUCACUCCUCCAAAUUCUCAAUGUCCUAAACAGACCCAUUUAAAUUCCUUCAUUCUCUAUUCCGGGCUAAAAUGGACUCAUCGCAGCUCUCUAGGCGCACCGCCGCGCUCCAGGAGCUGCUAGAGAGCCAUGGCACAGAGGCCACCAAACUAUUCAUCACCCAUCUGGAUUCAGCCAAGGGCGACCUGGACAAUGCUCUCGCUUCUUGGGAUGCAGAUCCCGCAAACAGCCUCUCUGCCGACCAGAAGAGGGACCUGCUUGGGGAGAUCAGGAUCACCUCGCAUUUGGCUGCUAUAUCCGACGACGAUGUCGACUUUGUGCGCGCGGCGAAGGAAAGGCAUCCGAAUAUCAAGACCCUGCGCGAAUUUGCAAUCAACUCUUCACUGGACGACCUUGCAUCCAUGGCUCCGUCUCCGGCACCCGCCCCGGCCCCGGCCUUGGCCACGGUGAGGAGGUCGGUAGCCCCUUCUGCUGCCACCGCAUCGAAAGGGUCCUUGAAUAAGGCAGUGGACAUCCGCCGGAAACUAUUUCUCGCCGAACCCACGGGUGUCGUGAUGCGGAUGGUUAAAGACAGCGAGAUCCGGCUUGAUAGCAAUGCUCAAGACCACGUAUUCAACGUGCUCAACGAGGAUCCAGAGUUUGACAUGCAGAAGUCAUCCGUGACCAAGUUGCUUUCAAGGUCAAAUAUCCUGACGACUCUUCCAGCUGAGGAUGGCACCCAGAGCGCGGUGCAGUCCAAUCUUAAAACCCUACAAAGAGUGCAAGCAUUAGCACCCAUUCCGGAAGCAAUCAAUCCCCUCAUCAAGUCGAACUUGACAUCGGCACUGCACAUCUCUAACAUGUCAGAGGUCGCAUUUGUGGAACAGAUGUCGAGCGAGAUGGGCGACACGAACGCCGCCAUUAGUAUCCACCAACACGCCACGCAAUGCCGGAUCAGAAAUGAAAAUUUCCUUCUCUCCGCGCUGCAAGCGGUCCGUGGGAGUGGGCUUCGAGUGAUUGACGGCGGUAACAGUGAGCAAAAUGUCGAACUCAGAAAACAAUCCUUUACCGAGGUUGCCGACAAGUAUGUGACCCAAGUCGAUUUGGAGCGACUGUUUGGGAACCUUGACUUUUGCGAAUGCCCGGAGUGCGGUUCGGUUUAUGGACCGGCGGCAUACUUUGUGGAGUUAAUGGAAUUCUUGCGCAACAACAAUUUGAGUUCCCGCCAUUCCAAGACCGGUGAUAGAGACAUCAACGGUACCCAGCUCCAGGCUCUCCUCAAGCGACGGCCUGACCUGGCUUGUCUCCAACUCACGUGUGAGAAUACGAAUACGUACAUUCCAUAUAUCGACCUCGCUUUGGAGGUAAUGGAAUCGUACGUUGUGCAUGCUCCCAUGAUCAAGGCUUAUAAUGUCAACGGGGAGACCACCAACGAACUGCUCUGCUCUCCUCAGCACACCCAAGGCGCAGCGUACGAAAUCCUGAGAAAGGCAGGCUACCCCUUAGGGCUUCCGUAUCAUUUUCCCAUCGACACCAUGAGGGUGUUUUUGCAAUUUUUGAAAACAAACCGAGCAGACAUCAUUCAGGUCUUCCAGGGAAGUGGCGUUUUGGACCCCUCCGUUGCCCCGGCAAACCCUGCGUCAAGCGUGGUGUUGAGAUCAUUCGAUGCCGAGUUCAACCUAUUGACCCAAGAGGAGUAUGUCAUUCUCACGAAGGAAGGGUUUUGGGCACCCACAACCACCGCAGCUCAGUGCCAUCAGUCCAGCUACACCACUCGAAUCGGGCUCAAAAAGCCAUGGGGCUAUUUUGGGUAUGAUUCGAGGGGUGAGAUGCUGGAUGACAACUCCGCCACAAAAACAGGCAUAUCAUGGGUGAAAGCUCAAUUCCUGAAGCGCGCCGGAAUUCAGUACGGCGAUCUGGUGGAGCUGGUAAAGACACGUUACGUCAAUCCGAACAUGCCCAAAGGCAAAGAUUUGACGACGAUGGAACGCAUCAGAUUCAGCUACCGCUUUCUUCGGUACCUUGUUCAGCAUCAAUACACGGACAAACGAAGGAGGUAUGCCAAAUUAAUCAAUUUCCUCCAGGUUGCCGAUGUGUUCGUGCCCUUGUGGGAGAAGAUCCAAAAGCUGCGGCAGAUCGACCUAUGUGCAGACCAAAACGACCAAUCCAAUUCUGACUGCUCGUGUGGUGGCACCAAGUCGUCGGGCUGCCAUUGCUGCCCUUGUAAUGGAGGUGAAUGGGCGGAAUGGGUAUAUUCCUGGUUCGAGAAGAUCGGAAGUAUUGUUGUCCUUGAGUCCGGUAAUGGCCCGCGAAUUCCUCUGGAAGGACAGAUGUGGGCCGAGUCUCAUCUCUGCUACCUCUCCGUGAAGGCCGUCGGCGACAGGGUGGUCAAUGGAACAAGCUCAAAGAAGCCAGACACGCUCUCUAACGAUCCCAUAUUCAUUGGAACACUCCAAUCCGAUGGGGCCGUGAUCGAUCGCCGCUCCAGAAAUGCGGUCGCGUUUGUGUCGGCGUCAGGGACGGUCAUCAAUCUUUGUGGCAAGAACAUCCAAGAUUGCUAUCGGAAUCGCGACAUCUACGUUUAUAAAAGCGAUGCCGAUGUGAAUCACCCCGAGUUGGCUAUUGGUGAGAUACGAGGCGAAGGCAAUACUCUUUCCUGGAGGCCGGGGCAAUGCUCUCGCUGGCAGGAUGUUGAAUGGAGCAACGUUAGGGACGCUUGUGACAUCAGCACCACGCGCCUGUUGCAUCUUGACGGGAGUCAGCUUAGCCCGGAUGAGUAUUUCAAUAUGGUCCGCUUCCUUCGACUUUGGCGCAAAUUGGGCUGGACGAUUCCAGAGGUUGACUCAGCAAUACAAGGACUUGGUAAAACGCCUUCCGUCGCCGAAGACAGUUCCGCGGGUGAGUGUGAUGCGUCUGUAGAUCCGUACGAGGAUGACUCAACCGAUACGGACACCGAAGAGUCGAAGUCAGACAUCAAUCCUCCCCUAGUCCACCAAAUCGUCGCAGUGAGGAACAUCAUCGAUAUGACAGGACUUUCCCUCGAAGUGGUCUUGACUUUCUGGGAUGUCAUACCCACCCAUGGAGACACCUCUUUGUACAACUCCACAUUUCUCACCCACGACAUCGUUCGUAUGGACCCGGUGUUCCAGGCAGACGAGCAUGGGAAUUACCUUACUGCCACGCAGAAGAUUUCAGACCACAUGCCGGUGCUUCAGACUACCCUGAAGCUCAAAGCUGCCGACAUCGAGCUGAUUCGACAACUGAGAAACAUCCCAGACUCUCUUACGAUCGACACCUUGUCCGAGCUAUUUCGUAUCUCGACCCUGAUCAGUUACCUUUCGGUACGACCCGAUACGUUACCCGAUAUCAUUCAAGUCCUUGGUGAACCCUUCACGAACGCGGACACAACUCUCUCAUUUCUUCAGACCUGGCAGGAUAUCAUCAACAGCAACUUCUCUUUUGAGCAGCUGAACUAUCUCAUUCGCGGGGUGGACAAUAUUUCCCGCCCGCUUGCGCCAACGCCCCAAGUGAUUCUCAAACUGGGAAAGAGUCUUCUCGAUGGCUUGGAGGCAAUAAUGAAACAAAAUGCCGAUAUCACAAGCGCUGAGGUCAACAACAACACCGUUUCUCUCACGGAGCUUCUGCCCUCCAAACUGGCUCUGAUAUUUGCACCCGCCCUCGCGACCAAGAUAAGCGAUUUAAUCAACGGCCGCAUGGUUUUUACCACCAACGCCCCCUCCGGAUUGGCUAUCAUGAUCCCUCCUGCUAUGGACACCCUGGUCGCUAAGGUCAAAUAUAACGAUCUGAAAACUGCCAAGCCCCCCACCGCACAACUCACCGUCACCGGAAUACUUACGGACGACGAGACAACGGACCUGAAAGGCUUGUCUGCAAAUGCAUUGUGGAUUGCGGCAGUGGACCGAAUCAAGAAACAGGGCGUGACCUUUUUCAAUCAAUAUCUCCGGUCUAUCAUUCCCCCAAGAGGCCAGGGCACUCUUCUUGCCGGGGACACCGCAGAAACGCCAAUUACCAAAGCAUUGUUUUUCUUGCGGUAUUUCCUGCCGUAUCUGCGCGCCCGACUCUCGACCCUAAUGGUCCAGCAGACAAUGUUUGAUGCAUUAGGUACAGACAUCACGACGAUUUCCUACCUUCUCAAUAUCGUGAAAUCGACCUCUGGGGAUUCCGCCAUGAAUGUUCUGCUCACAUUGAGGGAAAAUGCCCAAGGCGACGAAAGCGGGGUGUGGUCCGGGUACCUUAUUCCAUCCACGACGGACAAGUUUCAAUUCUGGGUGACGAGCGAUGCCAAACCAGCUGGCUUCACAUUGGACGGCAUUCCGUACGGAUUCCCGAAUCAGUCUGAAGAUCCAACAAAUAUCUGGUCAUCAGCGCCAAUCAGUCUGGUUGAUGGGAGAUUAUACGCUCUUCAACUCUCUGGUACCGCCCCAGAAACACUGUCCUGGAGCACCUCCACGUCUCCCCCGACCUUAAUUCCAUCCGGGGCCUUGUUGCCCGCUGUGGCGUCAUCCUCUGUUUCAGAGGUGCUCGUUGAGCUAACCAAGAUAUCUGUCCUUGCUCAAGGGUUUGGUUUGUCUCUCGAUGAAAUCAUUUACCUACAUGAGCACGGCACGGACUUCAGUUCGGGCGCCGACCAAGGCGCUCUGAAUCUCGGCAACAUCACCAUGGGUGCGUGGAAACGGCUCUUGUCUUACACCAAUCUACGAAACUCCCUUCCGAAGCAGCAAACACGGCUUAUUGACUUGUUCGCAUGGUCAAGGCUGCCGGGCUCCUCGGAUGUGGUUUCAGAAAUUGUGAAAGUGACGCGAUGGGACGCCGAACUAUGCUCCACCAUCCUCAAGGGCUAUGAUUCCUUGACUCCGGAGCAUUUCCACAACGAGCUCCUUCUUGUCAGCGUCAAGAAGGCUCUGGAUAUUUUGACGAAGACUCAGAUUGCGGCACCCCUGCUGUUCGAAUGGGCUAAACCGUUGAAUCUAUCGGAUUCUUCGUAUACGAAGUUUGCAACUCAAGCGGAUACACUGAAGAAGGCGCUGCGAUCCCGUUACAACGCCAGUGAGUGGGAACAGGCUGCAAAGCCGCUCUUCGACACACUCCGGCGGAAUCAGCGUGACGCCCUGGUAUCCUAUCUCAUCGUCGAGCCCUCUUUAGUAGAGACGGGCUUGGUCAAAGAUCCCGAUGGAUUAUUUGAAUACUUUUUGAUCGAUUGCCAGAUGAGUUCAUGUCUACAAACAAGCCGCAUCAAGCAGGCAAUUUCCACGAUUCAACUGUACGUUCAGCGAUGCCUUUUGGGUCUCGAGGCGGAGGUUGCCCAACAACCUGAGGACCUGAUUGAUCGGAAACGAUGGAACUGGAUGAAGCGAUAUCGCGUUUGGGAGGCAAAUCGACAGGUCUACCUGUAUCCUGAAAACUGGAUCGUGCCCAGCCUGCGGGACGACAAAUCUCCAUUCUUCCUGGAUCUGGAGUCAGCGUUGCAACAAAAAGACAUCAGUCUUUCCAAUGCGGUGGCCAGUCUCAAAACUUACGUUCAUAACGUCGCUGCGGUUGCCAACCUAAAGGUUUUUGGUUUGUUCAUCAGAAAGGGCGGCCGGGGCGAAUCGGCGCUUGGUGCCCACGUAGUGGCAUGCCGUCAGAAUGCUCCCUACGACUGGUAUACCAGAGACUAUUCCCCGGAUGGCAGAUGGUCCCCGUGGGUCAGAAUGCAGGUCGAUAUUCCCCAUUAUGACGUUGACGACGGUUUUGGAAAUCCCGUAGGCACAGGUUCAUACGUCGCGCCGUAUCUAUGGCAGGGAAGGCCCAUCCUUUUCUUCAUGCAAAUGACGUUGAAGCAUAUCACCAUCGACAAUGCGUCGCCAAUUAGUGACCGCAUGUCCAAGGACGUGAAGGGUCAAAACCAGUCCGUCCCAAUGUGGCAAAUCAAUCUCGGAGUUACAAGGUUCGACAAUGGCAAAUGGAAACCCAAGGAGCUGUCACAAAAGUGUAUUCUCCACUCUGUUGAGCCCUUCGACAUACAGGAUCUGGACGAGACUGUGACAAUCUGGGCAACACCAAACCAAGCAAGAUACCAGAUGAUUCCUCGCUUCUUCGCCGGCAGUGACGGCAGUCCAGAUUAUAUCCAGAUCGAUAUCGCCUUCAAUGCAACGCAGAAUAUCGUUUACAAUCACCAUGUCAAACAGGAUGACGGGUCGGUUAAAAUCGAGAGCAAAGAGGACGCUAAAGAGAUUCAUGAUGUUGUAGGAUCCUUCCUCUUUAUCGACGGCGGUAUUGCUCAAACCCUGAUGUCGGGGAACCCGCCUCUCGAUUUCCACCAAAAAACCUCAUUCCAGUACAUCGAGACAUCGGAUACGCUCUAUUCCUACCAAAUCGACGACGGUGUCUUGACGGCUCCCCAGUAUUAUCGUACCGGACCGUCCUUCCAGUGUCCCCAGAACAUCACCUCCAACAGUAGAUCCACGUUCACCGCGAGUUACUCCCCGGAGAAAAAGGUGACCUUCAAUCAUACCUUUGUGGAUCAGUUCUUGAAACAGAUCAACACCUCAGACGAUAUCGGCGUCAUAUAUGAAGACUUUUUGUCUCUAUCGCGAACUGCCGAAAUCGCUGGAGAUAACCCGUACGGCACUUUCACCGAGGAAGAUGGAUCCACCUCUUAUCACGAGUUGUUGAGUCCGUAUGGAAUCUACAACUGGGAGAUCGGCCUCCAUGGUCCCAUGACUCUUAUUGACGCGUUGCUCAAUGCACAGCAAUUUGACGAUGCGCUAAAGGUCUGCCAUAUCAUCUUCGAUCCAAGCAUUGAGGGCGCCGCAAACAGCAGCACCGGAAACAACAAAUAUUUCUGGAAGUUUCUCCCUUUCAAAGCGUUGGCAAACACCGACGCCAAAGAGUCCUUGGAGCAGAUGUUCCUUGAUCUGCAACCCGGCAGAGCUAACCAAGCCAUCUCCGAAUGGAGAGACAACUCCUUUGCCCCUCACGUCGUGGCACGUAUGCGCCCGGUGGCCUACAUGAAAUGGAUCGCGAUGAAGUACAUUGAAAUUCUGAUCACUUACGGCGACUACUACUUCCGACAAAACAGCCUGGAAACGAUACCAGAGGCGAUUCAGUGCUACAUCCUUGCGUCGCACGUAUAUGGUAACAAGCCUCAGAAAAUACCCCGUCGUGGCAAGGUCAGGGCGGAGACCUACAGCUCACUGCUCAACCGAUGGGAUGCUUUUGGCAAUGCCGUUGUACAGAUGGAAGUGGAAUUUCCCUUCUCCAACCAAACGUCCCAAGUACUUGGAUCAAGCGAUCGCAUCACAGGAUUUGCGAACAUCUUUGGAUUUGCAUCCUCCUUGUACUUUGGCAUUCCAAACAAUCCAAAACUGGCACAGUUGCGAGACACGAUCGACGACAGGCUAUUCAAGAUCCGCAAUUGCAUGGACAUCAAUGGCGUUGUUCGAAAGCUUCCAUUAUUCGACCCGCCAAUUGACCCUGCUUUGCUGGUUGCGGCCACCGCCCAGGGGUUGAGCAUCGACACAGUGCUGAAUGACCUGAGCGGAUCCAUUCCAAACUACCGAUUCAUGACCUUGCUGGCCAAAGCACUCGAAAUCUGCUCGGAGCUCAAGUCGCUCGGCGCGGCCUUGUUGGCAGCGAAAGAGAAGAAAGACAACGAGCAUCUCUCUCUGUUGAGGUCUACUCACGAAAUGGUCAUGAACACGUUUCAGCUGGACCUGAAGAACCGCGCUCUUGAAGAGGCAAAUGCUGUGCUCGAACAGUUGUUGCAAAACAGGGAAGCACCAAAGUCUCGCCUGCAGUACUACAAAGGCCUCGUUGGGGUGACAGAUCCGGCACCGGGGGAGACGGAUGACUUCACAGAACUUCCGAAUCCUUCUCUUCAGGCCCCCAUCGCAAACGGACAAAUGAUGCUUAUCGCCGAAGAAAAUGAAGAACUUGAAAAGUCCAGCGCGGCGCGCGAUUGGAAUAUUGCCAUUGGCGCCGUGGAGACGCUUGCUGGAUUGCUGCACAUGUUGCCCGAGUUCGAUGCAGACAUCAAACCCUUUGGUUGCGGUACUGGCCUCAAAUGGGGCGGCAAUUUUUUGGGUAGCUCAACGGGUGCAAUUGCGCGUGGAAUGCAGAUUUAUACCCAGACUCUGUCGGCCGAUGCCUCAAAUGCCAGUCGAAAAGCAUCGUACUUGCGUGCUCUACAGGACCGUAUUGUUCAAGCAAACUCGAAUGGACACGAACUCAAGAACGUUGACAAGCAAAUCGCUACUCAGCGCCUUCGGGUAGCCACCACAACGCAAGAAAUCAAGAACGCUCAGACGGUGGUGGACCAGGCCAACGAGGUGAACGAGUUUUUGCGUUCAAAAUACACCAACGAGGAAUUGUACAUCUGGAUGGAGAGUCGUACUCGUUCUCUCUAUAACGACACAUACAACUUGGCUUACGAUCUCGCGAAGCGCGCUGAAAAAUGCUUCCAAUUCGAACGUCCUCAGAUGGCCACAUCGUCCUAUAUUGAGUUUGGAUAUUUCACCUCUGCGCGCGACGGUCUUCUUGCCGGAGAAUCUCUCUACCUUGGACUGAAACGGCUCGAGGCCGCGUGUCAAGAGAACCUUGGGCACGACUUUGAAGUGACCAAGCACAUCUCGGUUCGGCAAUGGGCCCCAAUGGCGUUGAUCGAGUUCCGCGAGAAAGGGACUUUCAUGCUUGAGCUGCCUGAAAUUCUCUUCGACAUGGACUGUCCGGGGCACUACAUGCGCCGCAUCGUGUCAGUCAACGUCUCCAUCCCUUGCGUUGCAGGGCCCUACGCAGGAAUCAACUGCACGCUGCGACUCCUCAACCACUCGAUGCGGACCACGCCACGCGCAAAUAGCAAAUCCGACUACCAUCGCGCCCAGGAGGGCGAGGACGAUGACCGUUUUAUCACCACCAACCUCCCCAUCUCCGCUGUCGUCUUGUCCGGCGCGCAAGCCGACUCCGGCCGUUUCGACCAACUGCCCGAACGGUACAAUCCGUUCGAGGGCGCCGGCGCAAUCAGCACCUGGUCCUUCACGCUCCCGUCGGCCAUACACUCCUUCGACUACUCCUCCAUCACCGACGUCGUCCUCACGCUGCGCUACACGGCGCUCGACGGGGGCGACAAGCUGCGCAAAGUGGCGUCCGACGUCGUCGCCGACUACAUGAAAGUGAUGCUCGGCGCCGGCGCGCCGGAAGGAAAAGGCCUGUUCACGUACUUCGACCUGCGCACCGACUUUGCUUCGGAGUGGUAUCGCGCCGGACUGGGUAGCGGUGCCGGACCCGCUUCCUCCUCUGAUGAUGAAAAUACCGACACCGCGGUCAUGAACCUCGAUAAUUUAUCCUCGCGCCUCCCACUGUACACGACGAAGCACCGCCCGGAAAAAAUUAUCGCGACGCGCAUCGCGAUCCUCGCGAAGGGCGAUAACUUCAAUUCCUCAGACGUGGAGAUCGUGCAGAAGGGCGCGAAGGCGGGCAGUCAGACGGAGAAGAGCGUCGCGUUUAAGCCGGGCAGGGAUAUCGAGCCGUUGAUUGGUGUCGUGAGUGCAGAGGAUGGAUUGCAGUUGCCCAUGACGAGUUGGCAGCUUAAGGUGAAGAGGGCUAGCGCGGAUGUGGAGGGCGCGUGGAUGGUUGUGAGGUAUAGUUUGGUGUGAUGAGUUGGUUUCUGGAUUUUUGGUUUUUUUUCUGGUGUUGCAGGCGGAUUAUGGUUGCGUACAGGUGUUAUGGGUCCAGUCUGGGUUAUGUGGUGUCGAUCUCGCUUUUUCAUGGCGCUGUUGGUUGUUUGCGUCGUUGGGGAUUUUGGUAUUUGGGAAAUUUCUAAUCUAUUGUGUGUGUUGAAUGGGCUCUUUCAGCUAGCUGCUUAUGGUAUGAGCACUUAAGUAGCAAGAGUAAGAGUAGUGUACGGUGUGCACAGCGUACGAAGUAUGUAGGGUGGGGGCAACAUGUUUCUGGUUAUUGCUCUCUCUUUUUCCUCCGUACAGAGGAAAAAGGGGAAUAUCUAACGUCCCUCCCUGCGUGCCGAGACACCCUGUGUGCCGAGACAAAUGAGGGGUACUUUGACUUUAAGCAACAGCAC